UUAAGGUGUUAUAUAAAUAUAUUUUUUUUUUUAAAGCUAAAAGAAGUUUAUUUUCCGACUUGGAUAAAUCUCAAAACCUUGGUAUAAUUGACAGUCCAAUAAAGAUUUCUACAAAAACAUUAUCUGAUAACAAUUGUUCAAUGGUACACAAUCUCAUAGAUAGCCCAUCUACAUCUAAUGAACAAACUGUUCAAAAAGUUGACAAUUGUGUAAUCAUAAAAACUACUGAAAGUAAAUCAUCAAUCUCAAAACAACAAAAAAGUCUCCAUAAAGAUGAUCAGUAUGCAAAAUUGUUAAAUUUUAUGGUAACAAUAAAGUACGAAUUAAGAUCAAUGCAGGAAAAAUUGGACAUCAUGAUUCAGCGAGAUGAGGAAAACAACUUAACCAAAACUAAGGAUUUGAGUAUAUAUGACACUGGUGAUAUAGAUAAUAAAUUACCAAUCAAAACUCAGGAACAGUUGGAAGAAUUAGAAAAUGAUUUGUCUAACAAUAAACAUUAUCGGUGUCAGAUGAUUAAACGUUUAUCAUCUGUGGGCGGAAGGUCAAUAAAAAUUAUGGUAAAAAGAAUAAUGGCUAUAAUAUUUAUACCAGAAAUAUUAUGUGAAUUUUCAUAUAGUGGUCGUGGUAACAAAAAACGACCUUUUGAGAAAUUGCUUGUAAAUAAAAUUAUUUUUGAAUCUGUCCUUACAAUCAAAAAAUUUGCCACGGCUGACAACGCAGCUAAUGAAAUUGAACAGGUUAUUAAGUACGUUCUUAUUCAAACUCCAUUUAAAAUUAAAGAUAAGUUGAAAAUGGCAAGAAACUUAUUGAAUUUGAGAUUUCUUGCUAGUAUAUUACGUAUGUUGAUGCCGGAAGCGCCUAUCGUGAAAUGUGGCGAGGCGCCGAAGUUAAUUUGA